AUGUCGAGAUCGAGUCGCUGGAACUGGGAAAGGCACACUUUUGCGAAAAUCCGCGGCGAGGAGCCCCACGCCCGGGAUGCGAGCCCCACGCAAACCGACGCAGAUACACGGAGUGCACCAGAGCCGGUGGAUCCAAUGAAUGCCGAUAUGGACAUGAAGCGCAGCAGUUCAUCGAUGCGUUCCGUAAGCACGCCGAUGGCUGGCUCUGUGGCUUCGCGAGCAACCUCGCCAGGGAGCACCACCUCGCUAAACUCUUUUACAGACACGAGCGAUUUGGAAACAGAAACGGAAACGGAAACCGAGGACGAAGUGGCGCAUUUGAAUGCACGCGAAAUACAGGAAUCGCGCUUGCCUUUUCUAUACCCCGUGCCGCGCUCCGUCGCAGACACCGUUCCUACAGAUCGGCGCGACUCGGCGGGACUUGUGUCUGGGUGCAGCACCCCACGUCUUUCUGAGCAUCCCGAGUAUGCGAGGCUUGCAGGCUCCACGAUCUCAGGCGGCCCUAUUUCAAUGCGUGCGAUGCCUACCAAACGCCCAAGCCUGCCGCAGGCGGGGUCGCCCGGCUCUUACCGCACUGUGCACCGAUCGCCAGCGCCGGUGAAAAACUUGCACGAUAAUAGACUGCGUGCGAAUAUGACGUUUCGAGACACUGGUUUAUUGUCGCGCGGCAGCGUCGGCGGCACCGAUCCAGUAGCGCACUCGCCUACCAGCGACCCCGCACGCUCGCCGUUGCGCAUGACGAACACCUCGCCUCAUACGAGUGCCCCGCCAACGCCUUCGCUCAUUGCAUUGUCGCGGCGUGGAUCGCUGAUGGCGGGCCAGCCGACCAUGUGGAUGACGUCCAACGCACCGACGCCGCUGGCAUCGCGGCCUGGGUCGGGCCAUGUUUCGCCCGUGCUUUCGCGCACGCCGUCUGUAUUUUACUCGCCAUAUGCAGCCGAUGCGUCGCGCGAUACGGGCUCUUGGAUUUCGAGGCCGCCCUCGCCGAUCUUUGAAGGCGCCGUUGCGGAAGGCACCUCGUCCACGCAAGAGUACGUUCCUUUGUGGAAACGCCGCGCCACUGCGCCCCUGCAGCUUGUCGCUGGACACCGCACUUCUUUAGCGCCAAACGAUGCGCUACACGCCAACCUCGAAGAUUUGGACAUCGGCUCGCCGAAAAGUCCGUUUAUCAUGUCGGACCCGUUGAAUUUGCUGCAACACGUGAGUCAAUCGCUCAACGCACUCAACCGCGGCAGCCUGAGCCGCCGCUCUUCGCGCCUUCCGCCCCUGCACGUCGACUGGAGCCCCACCGUGUCGUCAUUUUUUAGUAAACCGGCGCCCAAAGACGGCGAGGAGGAGCUUCCUUCGUAUGUAUGCACUGCGCACAUCGAAGGGUUCCUUCCGCGCAAGAUGGAGCUUGACGCACCGCACAAGCCCGCAGCGGACCGUGCCUGGACUACGUACUACUUUGUGCUACAUGGGACACAGAUCCAUGUCUACAAUACAGACAUUUCCCGCCUCUACACGCCCGGAUGCUCCCUCGCGCGAUUCUGGGAGCUAAUGCCGGCGACAACGGUGCAUGUACAUCCAAAGAACCAAGCUGAGGGCGCCGCACAAGCGGAGCAGCGAGCCGGCGAUGCGCCGCAUGCCAUCGAGCAGGCUCUGAAACAGCACCAUGUACAUACAUACAUGCUCCUCAACGGCGAAUGUGGACUCGCAACCGACUAUACUAAACGCGAGCAUGUAAUUCGUGUCCGGCUCGAGCGCCAGCAAUUUCUGCUGCAACUGCGGAAUGAUGCGCACGUCGUUGACUGGAUCGAGGCGCUCCACGCAGGGAUCAAUGUGUGCACCGACUUGGACGAGCGCCCCAUGCCCAAGUUCCACACACUUCCGCGGCGUCGGCGUCGGCGGCGCGGAUCAGAGGCUGUUGCAUUGCACCCGGAACCAUCUCCGCGUUCCGAGCACUAUGCAUCUCGAAGCCCUGCGCCCAUGGUCCCUACUGCAUCCUAG